GCGCCCUUCGCCUCGCUCGGCCCCAUACACGCGACGACGCACUAAGCAUUAUGGUCGGUGUGCUACCCGUGCCAUUUCUCAAUGUGGCGGCACUGAGAGGCGUCGCCGGCUAGCCCGGUAAGAGCCCGCAGUUCGAUCCGCAUUGUCCGCAUUGUAUUGCAUGAAUACGUCUUGCUGGCGGCGCAACAGUUGUCUAGGUAGGUGAGCAACGUCGCACGAUACCGUCUAGGAUUAGACGACCUAGCCUGCCCGUGGGGAACGGUGAACCCGCUCUGUAUUGACCCGAACUCCUCUUCCUUUGCGACGCUCUCGGCCUAUACCUAGGGUCGAGCUGGCUUGUGGACCCUCUCCUCAAAUGUUAGUCUGGGUUGCCUCACCCCGUGCGGCUUUCCAACCGAAUACCUUGCGAGACACUGUCAGUCGAAGGUUAUCUCCGCCGCGGCUCUCACAAGAUCGUUCCUCGGCUACCUGCAUACUUCUCUCUCUCGACAAAAUCCGAUGGCAGAUUCAUGGUGGAAAAGCACGCUCUAUUCCUCGGAGCAAUUUGUCGAGGCAUGCGGGGCCGUCGUGUUCGACACCUCCACUGAGCCGAAGCAGGUUCUCCUCCUCUACGACGCGGAGUCGGACGAAUGGGUUCUCCCCAAGGGGAGACGGAACUGCAGGGAAUCUCGGAUCGCCGCGGCGAUCCGCGAAGUUCGCGAGGAGUCGGGCUGCGCGAUCCGGCCGCUCCCAGUCACCAUGGCCACGCGCGCGCCGUCGGAGCUCGAGCCGGCCGACGUGGAGGACACGCCACGGACCUACGACAGCCUCACGGAGGCCUUCAUGCUGGACGUCCGGGACCUAGAUCGCGGGGAGGCGAACUCGGCGCAUCGGAGCAGAGUCAAGCUGGUCUGGUGGUUUGUCGCCGAGUUCGGCGGCGUGGUCGGCGAGGGCGAGCCGCAGUUCCGGGCCGAGUUCGCGCGGUGCGACGCUGCCGUCGGCCGGCUCACGUUCCAGAAGGACCGGGAGGUGCUCGCCAAGGCGAUCGACCUCGUGGACCGCACGGCGGCCGCGCGGGGCCGGCGCGCGGCGAACGGCAUGGAAGCGGCAGCGGCAGCGGCCGCGGCCGCGGUCCCGCGCAACUACGACGGGAUGGGUUUCCGCGACGGCGCGAGCGGGUACGGAGUUGCACAGUCCGGCGGUUUCUCUAGCCUCGGAAAUAACGGGAUGGGUGGCGAGGUGGUGAGCGCUAGUUAGACGGGUAACGAGGGGAACGAACUACGCGUUGUCUGUCUAGGACCUCCGUCUCAUAUUUAUACAAGUUCGAAAUCUGUUUACGAAAUCUCAGAGCGCUGUUAUCCGUAUACCCACGAUGCCUAGUUUGGGUAAACCGUCUGAAUACUAUUUCCAUUUCUCUACGCUAGAU